UAAAGGGAUGGUCAAACAACUUUUACCAUACAUGUAAAAAUGAUCGACCUAUAUUUCUAGUUACAAAACACAUGAACAAUGAUUUGACAGUUUCGCCUGUGAAUCGUUGCUGCAAAUAACAGGAAGAUUACGUAAUUAGAUAUCUGUGUGUGACAUUCAAUUAACCGACUUCGCUGACAGUGAGAAAGAUGGCAAACUAUCUAGCGUUCGUGUUUUAUUGUCAAGCUUUCGGAAUAUUUACUGUGUUAUGCUCUGUUAAACCAAAUAUUGUUUACGAAUGGGAGACCGUUGAUUUAGUGUGGCCCAAUUCUUCAGUUAAAGAUGAGUAUAUACAAAGCAAGAAAUUUAUUCCUGAGAACAAUGCAAUAAAUGGAAUAAAAAUUUACAAGAAUGACAUCUAUUUGACAAUUCCAAAGCUUAAAGACGGUGUACCUUUUUCGUUGGUAAAAGUUAAGAAUGAAACAUCUAAGAAUCCGCUACUUAUUCCAUAUCCUAAUUGGGAUAUACAUCUUGAAGGGGAUUGCUCAAAUCUGAGAUUAAUUCAAAGUAUGGAGAUUGAUCCUUAUACAGGAUAUAUGUGGAUUAUAGAUACAAGCUUUGUUCCGCGUGCCAAUAUUAACAUUGCUAAUCAGUGCCGCAGUAAAAUCAUUAUCUGGGACCUGGAAAAUGACGUCGAAAUCCAUCGACAUACAUUUCCUUCUUCUGUCACCGGGCCAGGUAUGUUUUAUUUGAAUGACAUCGUUCUGGACUUUCAUAGUAAUAAAACAGCAAGAUGGGCAUACAUAUCAGACACCUUAGGGCAUAGAUUAAUUGUUUACGACAGGGAACUUGACAUUUCAUAUGCAUUUAGUCAUCCAUCAAUGAAGCCAGUACCUGAAUAUGCCUCUAUAACAAUAGGUAACGUCACAAACUUGUAUACCCCUCUUGGAAUAAAUGGCAUUGCAAUGUCAUCUGAUCUUAAAAACGUUUAUUAUUGUCCUCUAGCUGGAGUCGGUUUAUACAGGAUCCCAACAGCUGUGUUGCGCAGAAGCACAUCUUCGAAUUCUGAUUUUGAAAGGGAGGUAGUUCAUGUGGGAAACAAAAUGGCUCAGAGUGAUGGAAUAUACUAUGGUCAGAAACAUAAUCUGUAUUAUUCCACAUUAGGACCAAGAAGUGUGUAUCAGUGGUCGAUGAAACCAAUAUCAGACAACGUCAAACCUGGAAGACAGACAGAGAUUGCUAAUGACUAUAGGAUCGAGUGGAUAGAUUCCUUUGCUUUUGGUGAAAGUGGGUAUUUAUGGUUUGUUUCUAACAACUUAAAUACGCACUUUUCAAACGAAACAGUCAAGGGCUCGUCGAACUUUUUUAUUUGGAAACUCUAUGUCGACGACAGCAGCUACUUAAAAUUUUCCGAUGAUACUAGCUCAGCUCCAUCACAUUCUCCUGACGUUUUUGUGUGUAUGUUUAUAUUUUUGUGUUCCUUUACCUUUUGGUAACGUGUUGAUUACAAGCCAAAUCUUUAUUGCACAAUAUUUCUAAAUAUAAUCAGUCCAGUAAACCUAGUAUAAGAUGUUGCAUUUAUUUUAUUUCCACCGUCCGUCGUUUAGUACUUCUAUUAAACCAACAACAACAAAUCAUAUGCACGAGAAUGGUAAAGAAAACAAAACAUAAGUGAGAAGUCAACACGAUUUGUAAAUUUUUGAAAGUGUCGAUUUUCUAUUAUAAAUGACUAGAUUUCCGAAUUUAAAAUAUUUAAAACAAGUGAAAAAGGAGAUGUGUUUUUAUUGCAAAUGAGACAACUCUCUAUCAAAGACCAAAGGACAAGGAUAUACACAUGUAUUGAAGAAUAAAAACCUUGAGACGACAAAAAGUUGUAUUUUGCUGUAAAACGAUUUCACAUAGAAAGGGAAAAUCUUCAGAUCGUCGUAUAUCUUUUAGGAUCUUGCCCUCUACCUUGUUUUUAUAAAUGGUUUUAAGUCACAUAUAAUCGAAUUACCAGGUAUGAUUCCUGUGUCUAGUAUUACAUUAAACAGUUGAAUAUAUAUUUCAAUGAAAACAUAUGACUUUGCUUUUGUAUAUUCAUUUAUAAAUAAAUCACCACAAUAAGGCUUGUAAUUUUUGCGUUUUUUUAGAACAAGCUACUUUUUUCCGAUUUAUCAACCAUGAUUGUCUGAAUAAUGGAAGUAAGUAUUCUUGUGUGUCAUCGUUAUUCUAUGGAGCAGAAAUAAGCUGUUAACGAAAUCAAAUAGUUUUGAGAUUUGGCUUCGGGCUGUUCAUUUUCUGUUCCCACGUUUAUAUAGUUGAUAAUACUCUAUUUUAUAUUUUCUUCUUCUUGAGACAUUUCCUUCGGGAUUUAAAUAAAUCUUUUUUACAUUGAUUUUCA